AUGGCUAAUCAGGGAGAAGAAGAGUAUGCCAAGUUUCUAGAGAAGGUCCGUCGCACUGUGUAUGUAGACGAACUCACCCCUCACGCCUCGGAGGCGGUUGUCAAGUCUGCUUUCGAUCAGUUCGGGACGGUCACUGAUUUGAGGUUUUUGCCAAACUACUUUGGCCCAAAGGAGCUUCCCGUGAGCGUGCUGGUUGAGAUGGAGAACGAGGACAUGGCAAAGGCUGUGAUCGGGACUCUGACGCAGUUUCCUUUCAUGGUCGCUGGAAUGCCUCGACCUGUGAGAGCCGCUGCUGCUACGCCUGAGAUGUUCCAUGAUCGGCCCAAGAAGCCUGGCAGUAAAAUCCAGUGUCGCUGGAUUGAUCCUAGUGAUCCUGAGUUCGACAAGGCUAAGAAGAUGAAGCGGCUUGUCCAGAAACACAGUGCUGAGACUUCGUUCAUGCUCAAGAAACAGCUGGAGGAAGCAGAGAAGUUGGAUAAGCAGCAAUCUGAGACGGCGACAACACAUUACAAGAAGUUUGAGCUGAUAGAUAAACUCUACCACGAUGGUGCUGCUAAGAAUCUGGCUAGCCACUACAACAUGAAGUCUUUUAGUUUUCACUAG